GCAACAUGAAAUUACUGAUUGUCCUUCUUGCCUUGGUGGCCGCUGUUUUGGCCAGACCUCAAUUUGGCGGUCAGGGAGGAUUUGGCGGACCUGGUCAAAGAGGAUUUGGCGGUCCUGGUCAGGGAGGAUUUGGCGGCCCUGGACAGGGAGGAUAUGGCGGACCUGGCGGUCAGCAAGGAUUUGGCGGCCCUGGUCAGGGAGGAUACGGACAGGGAGGAUACGGACAGGGAGGAUACGGGCAGGGAGGAUACGGACAGGGAGGAUUUAACGGCGAAUUUGGUGGCGAGCACAGACAUCACCAUCAUCAUCGUGAGCGCUUCUAACUUCCCAAUAUUUUAACCGUCUUAAAUUAAUCAUGAGCGAAAUAAUAAAAGAAUUAUUUGUUGCCAUUUAUUUUAAUACCUGCUAUUUUCGCGUAUCAAAUAUUAAUGAGUCCACGCAACGUGGAGAUACCCCGCAUCCGGGGGAGACGAAACACCAAAACAGCUCGAACCACUCCAUUACAUAAGAAGGUAUUCAUAAUUUCAGAUUUUAAGCCGUACUUGUGUACUAAGACACUGCCGCUAGGUGGCGCUCGUUUGCGAACUCGGCAUCUCCAUCACACGCUCCUUAUCUGAAAAAAGGGUAUCCAUAGUCGAAGAACUUUACUGCACCGUUCUAUCUUGUUUCCAUUUAACAAUA